GAUCCUAUCAACCCCCCAGCACUGCCACAGAUUCCAGGAGUCUUUGAAUCUCUAGGAAUUUUCUGUCUAUUAGUAGGUCCCCUUACCUUCCCAGUCCAUGGUGUGCAGGCAAGAGCUCAUUGUGAAAGUCCUGUUACCACCAGGGGUAGACUGACAACUCAUGGGGCCCUCCGGGCAAUAGGGGAUCAUAGGGCCUCUGUGUCCUUGCCCAAACUCAAAAAAUGCCUAUGAAAAAGGUACCGGGGCAUCUCAUGGGGCCCCCUACUGACCCCGGGCCCUCGGGCAGUGCCCCAGUUUCCAAAUGGUCAGUCCGCCCCUGGUUACUACUGCCAG